UAUGUCGAUGAAAGGGGGAAGUACAUGUAUGUACAGUCUUCAGAUCAUGUUCAUGUACUGUGUCAUAAAAUGGUUGGCUUCUGCACUGGUGAUCAAGAAAUGGAAAUGGAGUGAUCGUUGAUAAAUACUUGGUCCAUUUUACGGCCAGGGUUCCGCCUUUUGUAUUACUCAACAUGGGUUCACACACGCUUGAAGUUUUACGCCAAGGCUUGUGGGGUUCAUUAACGGGGGGAUGGUAUUUUGACCCACACCAGAAUAUUUUUUGCAACACACUCCACCUGUAUUUAUGGCUCUUCCUGUUGUGUUUUCCACUGGGUUUAUACAUGGCAUUUCCCCCUUUUCCUGCAAUAUGGGCCUCCUACAGCUUGUUAACAGCCUUGGUUUUCUCCUGCAUCAAGUUCAUCAGCUACCGCAUGCACCUGACCUUUGACUCCGGGGAAGAGGCCACCCCAGGAGAAGAGACAGAAGAAAAGCCCAGUGAAGACAGCGGCAAAGGCGAGGAGGCAGGGGAGAUUGAAGAGAUCGGGUUUGGCACCAGUGGUCAUCACAGGACAAAAUUUGGCAUGGAAGACGAUGCGAUUGAGCUGGAAGAGCUGAACAGCAACCCCCAGCAUGUAGCAUCAACAUCAGGGAGAGAGAGCUCGAGGGAUUCCUUCCCUCCAGACAAUGAAAAGGGGGCGUGGAGCGAUAAGGAUCUGCCAGGUACCAUCCGCUUGGAGAUCCACCCUCAGAAGGAGCCACCGACUACCAGCCACCUGGACAAUUCCCUCAGUGAGGCCCUGGAUGCCCUCAAUAACACGAACAACCUGAAGCUGGAUAGCAUUGACGGCUCAUCAAGACAGCCCGGUGGAACUGAAACAGUACCAGCAGCAGUGUUCACAAGUCAUGGCUCGCCACAUAGCAGAAAGAGAAGACAGGUGAGACCCCAGGAUGCAGGUCAGUCGUCCAGUCGGAGGAGGAACCGUAUGUCCAUGGGAACCAACACAAGUCGGGGCAUGUCAUCCCCAAAGGGCCCCUCAAGCACAGAACUUGGUAGUGACGCAGACUUCAAGACAGAGAGGGGAGUCCUGGAUUCGGUGCCGGCAUCACUUUCAACUGUAUCUAUGCAAGAACCAAGCUCUGGGACCCCACAGGGAAAGUUGACCAAACGGGACCUGGAGAGUUGCCCACACCUCGGCCUGUCCAGCAUCACCCCAAGGGCUGACUCCGACUCAUUGCUCGCCAUGCUCACUAAAGAGAGAACUCCCGAACAGGAGACGGAAGUGACUGAGGAAGCUCGCAGGAGGACUAAGAGCAGUGGCAGCGGGGAGAGAACCCGUAGUCGGCACUUGACCGAGAACCUGACGACAACAACCAGACCUACCAGGUUCAGUUUCCCGGACAGCUCAGCGAGGCAAUCCCUGACCCCACCUAGCAGACGAAGGACUGCUUCCAGUAACAGGAACAUGUCUGGGAAGAAAGGAAGGCACCUGAGUGACCGGCAGAAAGAGCUUGCUUCACCCAUUGAGGAGAAUAAUAAUGAGCUGAAGCCCUCUCCAGAAAUGCCAGACAAGAUUAAAAAGAAGCGAACCCAAAGCCCACCCAGGCACGAUAGUUCCCUGUCUACCAACAAUUAUGCAAACUCUUCCAUGGAUGGAGCAGCCCCGGCCCUCGCACACACAUCUGCACCCUCGGAGACAAAUUGUAGCAACCCAUGCUCAAAGAAUGUGUCCGACAGUGUGUCUGAAGAUUCCUUGGAUCUUGUUGUGAAGAACGUUCUGGGGUCGGGUGUGGAAAUUGAUGAAAACUGUGACUCCAGCCAAACGAUUACCUCAUCAAAAAGACCAGGGCAGGGUGCCAUGACCUCCAGCUCUGAUGAUGAUAGUACAGUAGUAUCAGAACACUCAGCUUUCUUAGGAUCGUCUGGAAAUGCUCCCAGUUCCAGGAGUACAUCUAGUUCCACUGGAAUCCAGUGGUUAUUCAGCACAGAUGGGGAUGGUCCAUCAGACAAAGGGGGCGAGCCCUCUUCCACCAGCAAAGCAACAGAACGAGAACCUUCCCCACAAAGCCGAGAUCGAGCCAAAGAAGGCGCUAUACCAAAGAGGAAGUCCCGCCUGAGUAGCAGUACUAGCCAAAGUGAUGAAGAGAUCAAAGCAGACCCCGACCAAGGCCAAGAGCGGGCAGGGGCCAACAGCAGCAGUAACAGGCUGAUAGGCAGGAUGAUGAAGCGUGUCUUGAGGGAGGAGUCCCUUCGAUUUCAGCUGGAGGAUGCACGAGGGUCACUCAAUCCAUCCAUAAGGAGAGCCAGGCGGCAGGCAAGAUACCUGAGCUCAACCAGUGAGUCGAGACAGCGACAUCAGAGCGAUAGGGGCGAGGGUACAUCCACAAGCAGUCUCCGGCAUAGACGAGAGGCCAGGCAGACUACCCACCCGCCUUCCUCCCCACACCUAGCAGCACUGGUAUCCGUGGCCAGGCGCGAAGGCCGGUACAUGGCCUCGGCCCACGACGAUUCGUCCCCAGGAGCUGUCCACUGCUUCCAGGAUGAGCAUGGUAACUGGAUGACAUACACAUUUGACGAGAACAGUACCGGCAUAGCCCAGAGGUUGGAUACAGAGCCCAUCCCUGACACAUCACCAUCGGAUAUUGAGAAGCCAUCCAUUGAUUGGCCAGACAGUUCCAGCUGCCACUCGGACUCCACGGUCAUCACCAUGCCCAAGUCCUCAGGGGCCACCCUGGACAGUGGCGGGGCGCACUCCUCCCUGGAGGGUCACCUGCCCAUCUCCAUCCUUUUCAACCAGCCGUCCUCAGCAGGCGGUGGGGGCCGGAGGCCGUCCUGGGAUCUGUCCCGCCAUCUGCUGAGCGACCUGGGCCUGCAUGGCCUGAUGGAGGACAUCCGACGGCAGAACAGCGAGCAGAGCACACGGGAUGAGGCCCACAGCCUGGCCAGCCUGGAGCACAGUGGCCGGCAUCACCGGCGGAGCCGCAGGCACGAGCGGGCAAGGGUCAAGCACAACUACCGCUUCUGGCUGCUGCCCCGACGAUCAGUGCGGGUCACCUUUGACCGGUUGGCGUUCCUGGCGCUAUUUGACAGGAAUCGUACAUUGUUAGAGAGCAUAAUAGCCAUCCUCUUGUCUGUCCUGGUCUCCAUCCUGGGUUUUGCCGUGCUCAGCCAGGGUUACCUCUUUGAUUUCUGGGUCUUCUGGUUCUGCUUUGUCCUAGCCAGCUGUCAGUACUCCCUCCUCAAGAGCGUUCAACCCGAUGCAGCUUCGCCCAUGCAUGGUCACAACCAGAUCAUAGCCUACAGCCGCCCCAUGUACUUCUGCAUCUGCUGCGGUCUGAUCCUCCUGCUAGACUAUUGCGGCAGCCAGCCCGCUCUAUGUCAGCCUCCCCCUAGCCUCUACGGGCUGUCUAUAGGGGGGCCAGACCUGUACAGGCUGGGCAGGGAUAUGUUAAUAGUGUUUGUGUUAUGUUUUCCGUUGAUCUUCCUUCUUGGGCUCCUACCACAGUGCAAUACCUUUGCUACAUACCUCCUAGAGGUCAUUGAUGUUCAUAUAUUUGGUGGAAAUGCAACCACCGGUCUUGCUGCAGCUGUCUAUUCCUUUUGUCGGAGCGUCAUUACAGUGUUAAUACUUUUUGGUUUUGCUGUGGGUGCUCUGAAGGACAGUGCAGCAUCCCAACACCUGCUGUUCUCUGUGUUCUGCGGCCUCCUAGUAGCAGUCAGCUACCACCUCAGCCGAAGUGCCUCGGAUCCAAGUGUCUUGUGGUCAAUGGUCAAGAAAUUUGUUGUGUCUGAACCUCAAGCCACACCGGAGGGUUCACAGGAUGAAAUCAGAGAUCCUCUUCCAGGCAAACUCCAGAAAUCGGUGUGCGAGCGGCUGCAGUCGGACCUCAUCAUUUGCCUGCUGUACAGCGCGGUCCUCUUUGGCGUCCAUGCCAGCACCGUCUUCACCGUGCUGCAGCCGGGCCUGAGCUACGUGCUGUUCGGCAUCGCCGGCGUGCUGGGCUUCCUGCUCCAUUACCUCCUGCCCCAGCUGCGCAAGGAGAUGCCCUGGCUGUGCGUCUCCCACCCGCUCUUCAAGAGCAAGGAGUACUUGCUGUUUGAAGUCAGGGAUGCAGCUAAGGUCAUGUGGUUUGAGAGGAUGUUCGUCAUCCUGUGCUUUCUGGAGCGCAACAUUGUCUACCCCUUGGUGUUCCUCUGUGGCCUGACGACCACGGGACACAAGAUCACCAAUUCUUUUUCUCCAAUUGCCGGUGCCUUCAUCUUGACAGUCUGCGGACUCAAACUCCUCCGUAGUGCCUUCUCAAACACAGCCAUCCAGUACCCCAUCCUGGUUCUCACCGUUCUCUUCUUUAAGUUUGACUUCAACCAGGAAACCAUCCUGUUGGACCUGUUUGUUGUCAAUUACUUCUUGAUGUCUAUCUUUGUUCACAAGCUACAUGAGUGGAUUCUCAAGAUGAAGUUUGUCUACACUUACAUUGCUCCAUGGCAGAUCACCUGGGGGUCGGCAUUCCAUGCAUUUGCUCAGCCGUUCAGUGCGCCUCAUUCUGCCAUGCUGUUCCUACAGACCCUCAUCUCAGCGUUCUUCUCCACACCUCUCAACCCCAUCUUGGGCAGUGCCAUAUUCAUCACCUCGUAUCUACGCCCCAUGAAGUUCUGGGAGAGAGACUACAACACUAAGCGAGUGGACCACUCCAACACCCGCCUGGCCACCCAGCUGGACAAGAACCCCGGCUCGGACGACAAUAACCUCAACUCUAUCUUCUACGAACACCUGACGCGCUCGCUACAGGCCACGCUGUGCGGGGACCUGGUGCUGGGCCGCUGGGGUACGGUCAUCGCCGGUGACUGCUUCAUCUUGGCCUCGGACUACCUCAACGCGCUGGUACACGUUGUUGAGGUGGGCAACGGGCUGGUCACCUUCCAACUGAGGGGGCUGGAGUUUAGAGGAACCUACUGCCAACAGAGAGAAGUGGAGGCCAUUACUGAAGGAGUGGACGAUGACGACGGUUGUUGUUGCUGCUACCCGGGCCACUUACCCCACUUCUUGUCAGCCAACGCAGCCUUCAGCCAGCGCUGGCUGGCGUGGGAGGUCAUCGCCAGCAAGUAUGUCCUCCAGGGCUACAGCAUCUCGGACAACUGCGCCGCCUCCAUGCUCCAAGUCUUCGAUCUGCGCAAGAUCCUCAUCACCUACUACGUCAAGAGCAUCAUCUAUUACGUGGUCCGCUGCCCUAAGCUGGAGCAGUGGGUGACCAGCGAGAUCAUCCAGGAGGCCUUGAAGGAUUGCAGCGAGGAGCGGUACACGGACUGUGACCCAACCUUCACCCCCAAGAUUGACGAGGACUACGACAUGCGACAGAGCGGGAUAUCCAGGGAGAGCUUCUGCAACUGUUACCUGGGAUGGAUACAGCACUGCGCCAGCAGAAGAGAAGAGGAGCUGGAUAGUAGCAAGGCAUCUUGGCUAGUAACCCUCUGUUUUGCACUGUGUCUACUAGGCAGACGGGCACUGGGCACUGCCUCGCACCACUUGUCCACAAGCAUUCUAGAGUCCUUCCUGUAUGGCUUACACGCUCUCUUCAAGGGAGACUUCCGCAUCACGUCAGCACGGGAUGAAUGGGUCUUCACUGAUGUGGAGAUGCUGAGACGUUGCGUAGCUCCAGGGGUUAGAAUGUCCCUCAAAUUGCACCAGGAUCAUUUUACGUCGCCAGAGGAGUACGAGGACCACCAGCCAUUGUACGAUGCCAUCACUGCCCACGAACAAAACCUGGUGAUCGCUCACGAGGGGGACCCGCAGUGGAGGAAUGCUGUCCUGUCCAACACACCCUCACUCUUGGCUCUCAGGCAUGUAUUGGAUGAAGGAUCUGACGACUACAAGAUCAUCAUGCUGAACAAGAAAUAUCUCAGCUUCAGGGUUAUUAAGGUGAACCAGGAGUGCGUGCGGGGGCUGUGGGCAGGGCAACAGCAAGAGCUGGUCUUCCUGCGCAACCGCAACCCGGAGCGUGGCAGUAUCCAGAACGCCAAGCAGGCUCUGCGCAACAUGAUCAACUCCUCCUGCGACCAGCCCAUCGGCUACCCCAUCUACGUCUCGCCGCUGACCACCUCCUACGCUGACAGCAGCGAGCAGCUGGCCAGCAUCAUCGGGGGCCCGCUCAGCUUUGGCAACAUCAGAGCCACAGUCAUCAACUGCUGGAGGAGGAUUCGUAUGCGGUGCGUGACUGGCUGCAGCAGUGGGGGAGGUGGGCCAGACGGCGGGGACAAAGAUGAUACUGAGACGGUCACAGGGGGAGGAGCCAACACAAGUCACACCCUCAACUCACAAGGCGACAACACAUCCCAGCCCCAGCAGGGCUCUACGGGGCAGUCAGACACCUCCUCUCAACAGCUGCAGACACCCGGUCACAAUCGGCACAGCCUGGGCUCCAGCACGGGUUCGGUGGGCAAGCCGGGAGUGGGCCGCAUCCCCCUGGCCAGCCUGUUUGGUGACUCUGCUUACCCCAAGGAUCCCUACCUGGCACACAGAGUCAGGAUCAUGGAUCCCAGCAUGGUGUACGAAAAGCUGCACACCAGCAAGUUUGUCAUGUGGCCGGAGGAGAGCAUGCGGUCAGCGGGCGGCCGGAAUGCCUGGAAGGGCUGGAACCCAGAGGAGGGCAUGGAGGGGACCGUGGUCCACACCUGGGUGCCAUGCCAUCGAGACCAGUCCCGCAGGUCGCACAUCGACAAAACCAUACUCCUGGUGCAGGUGGGCGCUAGAUAUGUGCCAAUCCUCGAGGCGGCUGUCUUGGACCUGGGUGCCGAGGUUUGAGGAAUGCCCAGGUGGCACUGUUAGGGAAAGCAAGAAACGGAGUGGGAAGGAGACCAGCUUUGGAUGCCUGCCCAUUCCAGAACGGGCUGGUUGUUGGACCUGGACAGUGAGGUGUUAUGGUAAGGCCUUAUCUGCAGUGGUCUGCUGUAAGGAGGACCUGCUGAUGAGUCAUAGCAGGCUGUGGUUAGCACAUUCCAGAAGCCUAACCCACUGAGGGCUCAGGCAAUAAGGUUGGAACGGACCUUGGUAACGUCCAGCUUCAGAGUGACAGCAAGCCCAAGUUGAGAAAGAUGCCCGUUAUUGAACCAAUCACGGAUGGGUGCCCAAAGCAUUUAGACCUGGGCAGAGAGGGUCAGGAGGCACUGCCACAGCUAGAAAGUGGUUUCAAUUUUUCUAUUGUGUAUAGGUAAAGGCCUAUCAGUUAUUAACUGGUCUCGCAAGGUGCCCUUGGUUAAGAAAAGACAAGUAAAUACAAUGAAGCAAUGUUUUGUUUUGGGGGUGGGUGGAAAUCCCCCCCAACUAAUAUUUUGUUGAAAACCCAGGGUAUCAGGUAGGAACUGAGAACCCAAUCCACAUGUCAACCUGGGUGGGAUUUGAACCCGGGUUGCCGAGGUGGAACGUAAGGAAAGUAUCACUACGCCAACCACACCCCCCCCCAAGUGCUGCGGUGUGAGAUAAAUCAUGUACCAGUCAUUGUCCAUUCAUGUUGACCACUGUGUGGAAAAUGAAACCAGAUAAGAUCAACGUACAAUGUGGCUAGAAAGACAAACCAGCUGGUGUUGGUAAAAAAUGGCAUAAAACUCAGCUGUCACGGUUUUACCCCAAGCACCAGCUGUUCAUUGAUGGUUCAGUAUGGUAGAAGGUCACACGACACCACGUCUUGGUAGAAACAAAACACAAUGAUGAACUCAUUCCAACUUAAUGCCAGGAACUGAAAUGACGAUUUGUAUUUAUUUUGUGAACCCACACCAUGUCCGAUUUCAUUGAAACUAAAAGGCCAACAAAGUGUCUGUCUCCAUACAUUCUUAGAAUGAACCUUGGGUGGAACAGAUUUGGAAGGUAACCCAAAAAGGCUGGAAAAUUCUUGGAGUUUCACUACAUUUUAACAGUUUUUAGUAGAGUGCCAUUUUAUUCCCCUAAGGUCGGAUGUUUAUAAUCCCAUAGCCCUUUACAACUGAAGAAUCAUGUUGAUUUUCUAUAAAUCUUCCAGCUGUUUGGCAAUAUGUAUGGAGCUAAUUUUUUAAAAAUUUUAUUUCCUUCAUCUCUGAGGUGAGCAACAUUUAUCAGUAGAUGUACAUGAAUUGCUUAGUUGGCAGUCGAGUUUACAUGAAAGAGAUUGAUGCUGCCAGAUACAAAAAGUCUAGCUUUCCUAGAAUGUCGAAAUGUUGGAAGCAUUGACAGGGUUAAGGUUGCCGUAUUUGGUUAACUUGUGACAGAUGUAGCAGAACUGAAUCUACAGAAUAUCUUCAACAUUCUUGACUGAGAUCAACCACAAAUCAUAUACACGCAUGUUGUGGUUAGAAUCGAUAUUCAGAAGCACACAACAGGGUUAUCAAACUCAGCAUACUUCCAUUGUGUAAUACCUUUCUGUGCGGUUGACAGAUUGAUUUGCAAUUCAACUCUCAAGCAGCCCCCAUUUGGAUACUAACCACUUAAGACCAGUUACCGGUAUUCUUGGAAAGCUUGGCUUUGAAACGUCCUUGGUAAUUAUCAUAUGCAUCUACUAAGGAGAAAUCUUAAAGAGCAGAGUCUUAAAGACCUGAUCGUCUAUGAUUGGCAAUGAACACUGAAAGUAGUUCUAGUUGAUAAUUAAUUUCCUGUCCUGGCUUUAUUCACAACACAAUGUCCUAUAGUUUCAUUUUUUUUUCAUUCAUUUGUUUUUUGUUUACAGUAAGGAUCCUGCAUAGUUCUGUAUUGCUCCUCAAUCCUUUGAUGCAUAGAGUAUUGUGGAAUAAUUGAAUAAGCUUUCAGGCAUGCAGUGUAAAUACUGAGCCAGUCACAAGUGUCUUUAUAAACUGUCUUCAGUGACAUGCUCUUGUUUCCUCUGCAACCAGCUGGGGCCAAUUUCAUAGAGCUGCUUAAGCACAAAAUUUGCUUAAGCGGGAAAAAACCUUGCUUGAUAAAUCA